AUGUUGAUCACACUUGUGAUCACACUACAGAGAUGUAAUGCUACCGACAUUAAUGAGACUUCCAACAACAAAAACAACAUUCCAAACAACUAUCUGAGCAACAAUAACAGUAACACACAUCUAAACAACAACAACAACAACACAAACACUUAUCUUAUAAACAACAUCAGUAACAACUCCAUCCAUCCCAUCAACGCUAACAUUACAACAACGAAAAACGUUCAUAGCAGUAACGGAUAUGUAACAGACAUCAACAACAACAACCGCAGUAACCGCAUUGAUGUCACGACACAACAACCACAACAAUCACCAACGACAACUUUGAUUCCAUCAGCAGCCAAGCCAUCGCCAACAACAUCAUCAUUACCAGCACCAACAUCAUCAUCAACAACAGCAUCAUCGUCAACACCACCACCACCAUUACCAGCCAGACUACCACUGCCUAAGCCACCGUUCACCUGUCGCCUACCUGAAAGAACCUACAACUCAAUGACGCUAUUCAGCACGGCGUCAUGCCACCUGUGUCACUUUCUCAUCUUCUUCCACACUUACAACUUUUCAGAAUUCGUCAAGGCCAUCCUAGGGCAUAAAUCGGCCAGAAUGAACAGCAAAGUUGUCGUCGGUACAAAAAAUGAAAAUAUUUUCCGUAUUAAUAACUCCAAAUCAAUUGAUUCAAAUGACGACGACAACAACAACAACAACACCAAAAACAAAAACAACGACAACAACAACACCGACAGUACUUUCAGCAACAGCGCAAAUUUAAAGUACAAAACCGACUCGGACGUUAAACAGAACACGUCCCCUUCAACACAACAACAUCUUUCAUCAUCAUCAUCAUCGUCCUUCUUAUCGAUGUUUUCGUCUCACACCACCUCAUCUUCCUCAUCACUAUCACCAUUGUCAUCCUCAUCUUCAUCACCAUCAUCUUCUUCAUCACCAUUCUCAUCUUCAUCAUCAUCUUCAUCAUCAUCGCCAUUUUUAGAACCGUUAAAUAAAUCAUCGUCAAUGAAGAAGGACAAUGUAAUGGAUAUAAAAGAUGAGCCAGACAAAGCAGCAGACGUGUUCAAAAUUGGGUCAGCCGUCAUCAACCUGACUGAGGCAUACGAGUUGUACAAAAAUAUGACCAAAACGCUUUCAAUCCCAACGUAUGUGAGGAUGUUCUGCGACCUACUCCAAAUAGGAGGCGAACAUUGCAACAUUUGGUUAGACUGCUGCCAGGCUGCCGAGAGAUGUUGCAGAGACGUCAUCUUGCCUAACUCCAACAGAUCCUUUUACGCUAGACUGAAUGACUUCAACAAACAAAAUCACAGCAACAGUAGUAGUAGCAGCAGCAGCUACAACAACUUCGACGACAACAACAAAUGUCCGAGCAUUUGGGAUGGACUUAUGUGCUGGGACGAAGUAGCCAUACCUCCAAAUAAUUCUGAAAGUGACACUGGCGACAACGACAACAACGAAAUCGUCGUCCAGCAGCACUGUCCUCACUACAUUAUAAAUGUCCAGGCCGGUUAG